AUGCCGAGAUCGCACGCGGGUGUCGCCGCGAUGGAGGCAGUCGCUGAAAGCCCCUGCCCCAUUACCGCAGCAGCGGACGUCGGUCACCGCGCGCGCGCGCCGCAGCUCCGCCAGCGGGCACCCGCGGAACAAUCGGCGGGCUCCGAGUCACGCCCCGCCCGGCCUUGCGCUGGCAGGAGAGCGGCGAAUGCGCCCCGCUCGCGGCAAUACUUGGCGCGAUGGACCCCCGAGGUGAGCUCCCCCGCGCCCCGCCCCUCCGCGCCCCUCCGCACCCUUUACGCCUCCUCCUCCCACCCCUCAUUGCCUUCUCCUCUCUCUCCCCGUCUCCUCCCGCGCGGAUGCGAUUCCAUCGCAGGAAUCAAUUCCCCUUGUCUCAAUUCUUCUGCUUUCUCUCUUUCUCUCUCCUCCACUCUUCCCCCCACCCCAUGCGCGCAGGAGGACGCGGUGCUAUUGGAGCACGUGAUGGCGCACGGCACGGCGGAGUGGGGGCAGCUCAGGGCGAGCGGCCGACUGCCGCUGCGCGACAACAAGGCGUGCUGCAACCGCUUCCUCCUUCUCAAGAGGAAAUUCCUCCUACUCGACGACUAUCAUGAACAGCAGCAGCAGCAGCAGCAGCAGCAGCAGCAGCAGCAGCAGCAGCAGCAGCAGCAGCAGCAGCAGCAUUACCAGCUGCCCCAGCAGCCCCAGCACUACCAGCACCGCCACGAGCACAACGGUCAGCAGCAGCACGACAUCUCCUCCUGGCUGCGCCUGCAGCACCAUGCUCACCCCGCCAACCUCCCCUUCUGCUUCCAACCGCCUGACACCGCACUGCACCUGUUUGCCACCGCGCCACAGGCCUACCCGCAGGCGACUCAGGCAAGGCAGCAGUCGACUGCACGGCUCGGCGGGUGCGAGGGCGAGUGGAUGGGGAGCAAGGCGGACGGGUGCCCUGAGGGGGCCACGUGGUGGGAAGGGGUGAUGGACCCUCAUGGGCUGGGAGGCGCUCGCAUGGGCGCACGAGGGUGGGAUGGCGCGGAGCAAUGCGGAGGUGUGCGUGAGUCUGUGCUUGGCAAGAGUGCACGCGUGCAAGGCAAGGCUGUACCGCUGCAGCGACAGACGGACCCAGUGAUGCAGCAGCAGAGUCACUCGGCUGGCGUGGAGCAGGCUGUGAGGACAAGCGCCUGUGCUGCUCCAUCAGCAUGUGCGACCCUGCUGCAUCCGCGCCCCGCCCCCUCUGCACUCCCUGCUGCUUCCACUCGCCUCACUCAAUGCCCACCAGUCGCUCCUUUCAUGCUGCCCGCAUCACCGCCGUCAACCCAUUCUGCCGCUGCUACCCCAUGCGCCCCCAGCCCUCUCUCUGCAGCCUCGUCGCUGCCCUGCCUGCUCCACAACCUCCCUGCCCUCCACCCUCUCCCCCUCCUCGCUGCGGACGCUCAACUGCACGCUCCCCAUCCCCUGCCUGCACUCCCCUGCACCACCGCUGCGCCCCCUGCUGCUCCUGCUCCUGCUGGUGAUGCCAUGGGCACAUGUGUGGGGGCGGGGCCGUCAGACGGACAGCCCCAGGCUGAUCUGGACAGGUGGGUCCUGGAGCAGGUGGGGCUCAUGGUGGGCGGCCGGGGGGGUGCUGCGCCUGGGGGUGCUGCGCUGCUUGCAGAUGAGGACGCGGUGCUAUUGGAGCACGUGAUGGCGCACGGCACGGCGGAGUGGGGGCAGCUCAGGGCGAGCGGCCGACUGCCGCUGCGCGACAACAAGGCGUGCUGCAACCGCUUCCUGCUGCUCAAGAGGAAAUUCCUCCAGCACGAGCAGCAGCACGAGCAGCAGCAGCAACAGCAGCAGCCGGAAUCUCCCUCCUGCCGACGCCCGCAGCAGCCUCCGCACCCUAGUGCUCGCCCCUGCGGCCUGCAACCGCGUGACACCGCACUGCACCCCUCGUCAUGCCAUUUGGCGGGCACCGCAGCAGCAGCGGUCCACCUGGAGGCGUCCGUCGGGGCAUUCGUGAAGGCCACUCAUGCGCCUCGCACAAUUCACGCGCCUCACUCGACUCGCACGACUCACACGACUCGCGCGACUCAUGCGACUGACAUGGCUUGGCAGAGCGACUUGCUGAAUCCGGCUGCGCCGCGGCAGCAGCAGGCCCGUUCGCGCCUGCUCGAGCAGUCACUUGCGUGGCGCACAGUGAAGGCGGGCGGGUGGCAGGGGAGCGGGUGGCAGGGGAGCGGGUGGCAGGGGAGCGGAUGGCAGGGGAGCGGAUGGCAGGGGGCUGGUGCCCCGUGGCAUGGCAUGAUGGACCGCUGGCUUGAGAGCGCUCUGAUUGGCCCAUGCUAUGAUGCCGUGGGGAUUGAGAGUGCGAGUGAGAGGAAGCGCAUCAAGACUGCUGGGGCUGAGUGCAACGCCCAGCACGGCCGGCAACAAUGGCAUGCUCUGAUGCAGCAGCCGCAGCCGCAGCAGCAGCAACAUGACUCAAUACAAUUCAGAAGGUGCAACGAGCAAAGUGUGAAGGCAAGCACUUGUUCCUCCUCUGCCCUGUCCUCCUGGCAUGGUGUAUCUACUGCUCCCCCUGCCACCGCUACUGUCACCUCCGCCUUGAAUCACAUGCCGCCUCACACCCCAUCUCUCUCCCCACGCCCUCCCGCUCCUACUGCAAGUGACGCCACUGCAGCCCAGCCUGCCGCCCACGCCGCCCCGCAGUGUGCCGCCCAGCGCCACCUGCCGAAGGCCUUGUCUCCACCCCCUCCGCUAAUCCCUGCCGCUCCUUCCAGUGCUGCUGCUGCCACGUGUGUGGGGGCAGGGGCACUGGAGGGGCAGCGGGAGGUGGAUCUGGACAGGUGGAUUCUGGAGCAGGUGGACCUCAUGGCGGGGGGGCAGGGGGGUGCUGAGCAGGCUUUUUGGGCUUGA